AUGCCUGAUGUCGACAUGACUGCAUCAAUGGGAGGGGGCAUUGCCCACUACGAGACGGGCGAAACGAUGAUCACUGUCCUCAGGCAGCAGACGAGGAUAUGUCCCAGGUACCGCGUCCAAGUCACGGUACUUUGCUCUGGGUCGAGGUUCCUGGAACUUGCCGUGGGUGGAGAUCGUCGAGAGGCCAGCGCCUUUGAGAACACCCACUGCGCUACCUAG